AUGUCUGAAUCCAAGGUGAGAUCAACAGAAGUGGUUGACGAGGUUACCAGCGUCGAGGACUUUGAGCCUCUAGUUCAAACAAUUAGAAAGCUAGAGGAGUCUGUCGAGGAUGUUGGUUACAAGAGGCAAAUUACAGGUCGUCAAGUCCUCAUGAUCACUUUUGGUGCUGGUAUCGGUACUGGAUUCUGGGUCGGUAUGGGGUCAGCCUUGAGGCAAGGUGGUCCAUUUGGUAUAGUUUUUGCUUAUACGAUCAACGCAUACAUUGUCUAUGUCAUGUUUAUUCAAACAGGAGAAAUGACGGCCUAUCAGCCUAUUCACGGUGGCUUUAUCAACCAGGCUGACAUGUAUCUUGACAAAGCAAUUUGUUUUGCUCAAGGAAUCAAUUUUGCUUUUAACUGGAUGGUCGUUUUGGCAGCAGAGCUUACUGCCGGUAUCAGCAUUCUACGCUACUGGGACACGAAUGGCAGAGUGACGACUGCCGAGUACAUUGCUAUAUUUGCUGCGAUUUACAUUGCUGGAAACGUUUGGCCAAUUAGAGCAUAUGGGUACAUUGAGUACGUCCAAUCGUUCAUCAAGAUCGUUGCCAUGGCAGGUAUCACUCUCUUUAUGUUCAUCGGAACCUGUGGAGGAUUGCCAAACACUGGACCGAUUGGUUAUAAGUUUUGGAAGAACCCAGGCUGGAUAAGAAACGGAAUACAAGGGAUAGUGCUUGCCUUUUCACAGUCUGGGUUUUCUUUUGGUGGAGGUGAGCAUAUUGCUAUCGUUGCAGGUGAGGUGAAAAAUCCAAGAACGUUUAUUCCCAGAUGCACCCAGCCGAUAUUUUGGAGGCUUUGUGUGUUUUUCAUCGGCAACGCCUGGCUGAUUACAAUGAACGUGCCAUACGAUGACGAAACACUUAACAACGCCAGUGGCUCCCUUGCCUCUCCAUACAUCAUUGCUAUGAAAAGGGGCGGAGUGAAGAUCCUCCCUGAUAUUUUAAAUGCACUCAUUCUGCUGUCUGUUAUCUCGUGUGGCAACUCUUCCGUGUACAUCGGAUCCAGAUCCCUUGUUGCUUGUGCGGACCUGAAGGUUAUUCACCCUGUAUUUGGCAAAAAAGACUCCAAGGGCAGGCCCGUGCUAUCUUUGCUUACCGUGUUCGUGAUUGGUCUUGCCCUGGCAUUCCUGAACUGCUCAAAAACGGGGGAGCAGGUGUACAACUGGUUCAAUUCGCUGUGUGCCUUGAAUGGGUACUUCACCUGGCUCUGUAUAUACUGGUCACAUUAUCGCUUCAGAGCUGGUCUCAAAGCGCAGGGCAUCAAUUACAAGACGCUGCCUCUUUACGACAGAUUCUUCCCAUGGACUACGUACACCGCCACAUUCAUUAUUUUUGUGCUCUUUAUAGGCCAGUUCUACAUUGGGUUGUAUCCGCUUGGAGGAAGCACGAUGUCGGCUGCUGCUAGAGCUGAGAACUUUUUUUUGACCUACCUCUGUGUUCCUCUGUUUGGUCUCUGCUGGCUGUAUUACAAACUUAGAUACAAAACCAAACUGGUAAGACCAGAAGAUAUGAAUUUCAGCUACGCGAAAAAAUGGGACGAGAUCGAAGAGCUGCGAGCUACCGAGAAGAAACAGACAUCCAAAAUUGGAGUGUUUAUUGAAAAAUACUUGGCGUGA